AUGGCCUCAGAUCACCAACCAAUACUAUUACCGGCGCCGGUGGAGGAUAAUUGGCCACAGAUGCGAAAGAAGCGGAAUCGAAAAGGGGAAAGAGUGAAGGUCACAAGGGCUUGCGAUGGGUGUAAAAAGAGAAAGAUCAAAUGUAAUGGCACACAGCCGUGUGCCUUUUGUCAUCGGACGAAUGCUAGCUGCACUUUCACUUCGGCCUAUGCAAGGGGGCGGGUACCUGCUAUCCUCUCUGUGUCUGGCGUUGACAACGGGAGGAAUCUAGCGCCAGCGGAGGAUGAGAAUAUCCCCAUCACUGGUCCUAUAGUGUCAAGACCGCAGUACCCUACCUUAUUGCCCAGAACAGAGCCUAGAGGGGAUAACCCCACGGAGUUACAAAACCAAUAUGUUUCAUCGUGUGCUAUGGCGCCCUCCGCCUCUACGGAUGCAGACGCAAUCUCGCAGACGUCCCCAGAACCUUCUCAGACCGAUUUGCAGGGACAUUAUAUUGGACCUGCAUCCGGAGUUUCCUUUCUUCACAGGAUCCAGAAACGCCUACAUCAGGCUAGCUCGUUCUCUCAGGCGAGCAGCAUCUUUACGUUCGGUGAUGCAACUUUGCAUCUUCCAGAAUCCGACCCGUCAUUUUGCAUGAUGCUUCAUAGGGAGGAUGCUCAGCGUCUUAUAGAACGUUACUUCGACUUUGCAAUGCCGACAUACCGUUUCCUUCAUCGGCCUACUAUUCAGCAAUGGUUCAACGAGUUCUAUGAUACUCUCGGCAUCAUGCAUGACGUUCAAAAUGCUCCCGCUAAGGUAGCCUUGCUCUUCAUGGUUUUUGCCCACGCAAGGAUCUAUAUGCCCGACGAUGACAGGCCAGGCCCACCAGACAUGAGCACGCGAUACUUCUUAGCAGCUGAACAUCAGCUCACAAAGGAGAAGGGCUCGAUACGUCUAACCAGCGUACAAGCACGAUUGACUCAGUGCUAUUAUCUCCUCGCCCAAUCCCGCGUUAACCAUUGUUGGAGCCUGUUUGGGACAGUUGCACAUCUAGCGCUGGCUAUUGGCCUCAACAGAAACAUACCCCCUGAUGCUGCAAGUAGAUUAAAUAUAGUUGAGGCUGAGGGUCGCCGACGAACUUUUUGGUGCGCCUACACGCUAGACACAUAUCUCAGCGCUGCUUUGGGCAGACCGCGGACCUUUCACGACGACGACAUUGAUACGGAACUCCCAGCAUGCGUCGAAGACGAAGAUUUGGUGAGUGAGGACAUGAACAUGCAAAUGACCUCAACCAGGGGCCCAUCAACUAUGCUUGCUGCACUUGCACAUAUGAAACUCGCUCAAAUUAUCAGUAAAAUACUGAGUAAUCUCUACUCCAUCAAGCCAAUACCUGCCGCCCGCCGAAUAGCCGCCAUGAAAGAGAUCUCAAAAGAUCUAAGUAACUGGCGGGCAGAGUUGGCUCGGUUUUUAGAUGUCGACAAUUUCAGCACAUCGUUUCUUAUUCCACUGUUUCAGCGACAGCGAAAUGUUCUCAAUCUCACCUACUGGCAUGCUGUCAUUCUUCUCCAUCGGCCCUUCGUGUUAAGCAGCCUCUCGCAAAUUUCGCAGCAAAAUAAAAGAAAUGCCGCAUAUAAAGACGCGCCGACUGAUGAAAGCUUGAAGGAGUGUCUAGAUGCCGCGAUGAAGACUGUGAACACAAUCAAUGAGAUCACCGAAAGUCAUCAGUUAUUCCGCGCAUUCUGGAUUACCACAUACUUCGCCUUCAACGCCACCAUCAUGCUUUACAUCUACGUGAUACAGGAGCGUGCAUCUCCAUCAGAGAUCUACAGCCGCUAUUUCUCUGCCGCCACUCGAUGCCAGUCCCAUAUCUCUUCCAUCGCGGAGAAGGGGUCAUUAUCAGAGCGCUAUUACCUCGUGCUAGAGGAACUACGCAUUGAAGCUCUACGCCAAACGAAAUCCAUACGCCCGUCUACGGGAAUUCUGGAUGGCAUGGACAGUCAGUCACAAUCCAAUUGGCUCCAGCCCGAGGUUGUCCCGACAGACGAAAAUCGUCCUACCCCUGCUUAUUAUACAGAUUUGAUGGAAGGGCCUAUGAUAGACUUCAAUAGUAAUGUCCCAGGCUUUUCGUUUUCUGAUUGCUUGGGCUGGGAUCAGUUCACUUCCAUGGUUUCUUCGGGAUUGGGCAAUAUGGAUGUGUUUAUCAACCAUAAUUGA